GUACUUUUCUCCUUCUACUUGUUGUUUCAACAUGCCUAAAUCUACAAGAGCUUAUGAAUGUGUUAAAAAAGCUUGGCAUAGUGAUACACACCAACCAAUCAGAGGUUCCUUUAUUCAAGAAAUUUUCAGGAUUGUGAAUGAGGUUCAUGGCUCAGCAACAAAGAAGAAUAUGGAAUGGCAAGAGAAGCUUCCUAUAGUUGUUUUUAGAGCUGAGGAAAUUAUGUAUUCCAAAGCCAAUUCUGAGGCUGAGUAUAUGGAUCUUAAAACACUUUGGGAUAGAUUGAAUGAUGCUAUUGACACUAUCAUUAGAAGAGAAUACAAAGAUGAAUCUAAGUCUAGAGGCCUCUUACAACCUUGUAUUGAAGCUGCUUUGCAUUUGAUCUCACCAAAAAGAAUAAGGAACACUUGUCCAAGAUAUUAUCCAACUCCACAGGCUAAUGGAAAUUCACAUGACAGAAACAGAGAAAAUCCUUUUCCUAACAUUCAAUUUUUCUCAAAACUCAAAAAUUCAAACCCACAAUCUAACAAAAUGCUUCCUUUCUCAACUCUGAAAUUACCAAUGCAGACUACCCGUACUUCGCCUUCUUCUUGUUCUAUAUAUCCUUUGUAUAAUGGUUGUCAAUCUGAACCUUCCGGUCCCAAAUUUGGCUCCACAAGUGAUGACAAAUCAAAUGCUCAGCUUAUGGAUGAGAACAAGAAGAUUGCUCUAAGAAAUACUCUGUCAUGUAACUUAAACGCGUCAAGUGAAACUUCUCGGACAGAUUUUGAAGAUGUUUCUGAAAAUCAGACUGUAAUAGGGUGUGAUUUAUCGCUGCGUUUGGGUUCGUUUUUGGUUCCCUGCACUAGAGUUGAGCACACUUUAUGUGAGGAUGAAAAAGCUGGUGAUAUAUGCAAGUUGAAUGAUCUAUCUCCACAGUUCAAUAGAGGGUUGUCAUUCUUUUUGAACGAAAAUGCUGAUAAAAACCAGUUUGAAUCAUCUUCAAUGAGUUCAGAUAGUCAAAAUUUGAAUGUAAAGUCAGUUUUGGCGAAGAGAAAGCAUGGUGAGGAUCAGCAGAUAUAUUGGCCAGUGAAGCUUCCUUUUAACAAAUUCAGGUCCUAGAUUAACAACUUAGGUUUCAGUAUUUCUCUUGACAAAUUUGGAUGUAGUAGUUUUGCAUUUCCUUUUGAUGAGGUUUGUUUGUAUGUCCCUAAUUUUGAAGUGUUAAUGACCACUAAUAUUCAAUGUGUUUCAAGAA